UCCCUAUCCGUUCCAGCUCAUCAGCUCACUCCCGCCUCCAUGUCCAUGUCCAAGCUCCUCUCGCCGCCUCCCACCUCACCACCAGGACCAGCCCUCUCCCGGCUCCCGUGUCGCCGUGUAGCGCCGCCUCCCGUGCUGCCCUUCCCCUUUCCUCUCCGCCGCUUGACGUCGCGCCGCGUCUUCGCCACCAGCUGCUCCUCCUCCGACUCCGAACAUGCUCCUUCGGCCUCCAGCACCGCCCUUGCCGGCGCCGGAGACGACCUCUCCGCCGGUGUAACCCAAGAACGCGAAGGCGCACUGCCGUUUGUUCAGCUCUCCUCGGGUAUAGUCCUCCGGACCGAGGAGCAGAGCUUGCUCGGGGACCACGCGCCGGCGCCGGCGCCGGCCUCCGCCGCUUCGUCUUUCGCGUUGCUGGAUGAGCUCAACGGAGGCUGCAGAGAGGAUGACCACCUGGGAGAAACUCCGGCUUACCCAGCCGCCAUGAACGCGCUGUACGCGGCCUGCCUCGCCGGGAACGCGACGGAGCAGCUCUGGAACUUCACAUGGCCGGCCGCCGUCGCCGUGCUCCACCCGGCGAGCAUCCUCCCCGUCGCCGUCCUCGGCUUCUUCACCAAGCUCGUCGUGUUCGCCGCCGGCCCGUUGGUCGGCGAGCUCAUCAGCUCGCUCCCACGCAUCCCCGCCUACCGAUCUCUCGCCGCAAUUCAGACCGCGGCGCAUUUGGUGUCGGUGGCGACGAUCACCUACGCGUUCGCCGUCCACAGAGCGGCGGCGGCAUCGCUGCUCCUGCGGCCGUGGUUCGCCGUGCUGGUGGCGUCCACCGCCGUCGACAGGCUCGCCUGCGUCGCGCUCGGCAUCAUCGCGGAGCGGGACUUCGUCGUGCAGCUAGCAGGGGCAGGCAGGCCGGUGGCGCUCGCCAAGGCCAACGCGACGCUCAGCAGAGUCGAUCUCCUCUGCGAGACGGUAGGAGCAUCCAUCUUCGCGUUGCUGCUCUCCAAGAACAACCCACUCACCUGCAUCAAGCUAUCCUGCGUCAUCUCGCUCUGUGCCCUGCCUCUGCUGAUUUUCCUGUGUGGAGAGAUGAACCGGCUCGCUGACGGCAUCUUCGAUCACUCUGAAAAUACAACCUCACACGCUGAAAAAACUUCCAGUUUCAGCAUACGAAAAACCGUGGAAGAGGCUGUGGCUACCGUCAGGAAUGGCUGGAGCGAGUACAUGCGGCAGCCGGUGCUCCCGGCGAGCCUCGCCUACGUGUUCGUCUGCUUCAACGUCGCCCUCGCCCCCGGCGCGCUCAUGACCACCUUCCUCAUCCACCAGGGCGUGAGGCCGUCGGUGAUCGGCGCGUUCGGCGGCUCGUCGGGGGCGGUGGGGAUCCUCGCGACGUUCGCGACGGCGAGGCUCGUGAAGGAGCUCGGAAUUCUCAAGGCCGGAGCGGCCGGUCUGAUCGCCCAGAGCGCGCUCCUCGGCGCCGCGGUCGUCGUCUACCUCACCGGCGCCGUCUCACGGCGAGCCGGCGCGCUCUUCGCCUUCCUCGGAUUGAUCGUGGCGUCGAGGGCGGGGCACAUGGCGUACAGCGCGAUCGGGCUGCAGGUGGUGCAGACCGGGAACCCGGCGAGCAAGGCGAAGCUGAUCGGCGCCACGGAGAUCGCCGUCGCCAGCCUCGCCGAGCUCGCCAUGAUGGCCGUGGCGGUGGUCGCCAGCGACGCCUCGCACUUCGGCGCACUGGCCGCGCUCUCUGCCACUGCCGUCACCGCCGCCGCCGGAAUGUACUGCCGCUGGCUGGCCAAUCCCUCCGACGAGCUUAGACGGAUCUUCCCGUCCUGACGUGACGGCGCGGAUCAAGUGCAAAAAUUUGUACGAAAAUUUUGUCGUGAAAUAGUUUUCCGUUCUUUUUUUUGAGUAUUUUUUUUGUUCCUUUUCCGAGGCCGUUUGUUGUUCAAUGGAGCCUGAAAAUUAUAACGAAAUCGAAUUGAACGGCCA